AUGAAUACAGAAGAAAAUCAGGAAUUAAAUUCUGAAAUAUUAAGAAGAUUUCUUGGAAAGGAACGGUUAGUGUGGCUUAUUGUUGGCAUCGUAGCUAUUGUAACAGUUGCAAUAGUUGUUAUUUCAACAACUCUUAUUUUGACAAAAAAGAAAAUUACAACAAUAGAAAUCAAAUCAACAACAAUAUCAACAACAAGAUCGACAGCAACAUCAACAGCUACAUCAACAACAUCAUCAACAACAAUAUCAACAGCAAUAUCAGCAAAAACAUCAACAACAAUAUCGACAGCAACAUCAACAGCUACAUCAACAACAAUAUCAACAAUAAUAACAACAAAAACAUCGACAGUAUCAUCAACAGCUACAUCAACAACAAUAUCAACAACAAUAUCAACAGCAAUAUCAACAAAAACAUCAACAACAAUAUCAACUACAACAUCAGUACAUCGCCCUUUUUACAAAAAUUGGUUUCGAACAAGUAGUAUGAAAGAUCCACGAAUAGUUCAUACAGCAACUGUAUUAAAGAACGGAAAAGUUUUAGUUGCUGGUGGUUUUUUUGAAAUUACUGACGAUGGUAUGAGCAGUGCAGAAUUAUACGAUUUAUCAACAGCAACAUGGACACGUAUCAAACCUAUGAAUAAUGGGCGAUGUCGGCACUCAGCAACUCUAUUACCUGAUGGAAAAGUGUUAGUUGCCGGUGGAUUGACUGAUUUUAAAACACCUAUGAAUACUGCAGAAUUAUAUGAUCCACCACAUGAAAUAUGGAUCAAAACUGGUAGUAUGAAUAUUGACAGGCACCAGCAUACCGCAUCUAUACUACAAGAUGGAAUGGUAUUAGUUGCUGGUGGAUUAAAUAGCAGUGGUAUUGCAGUUAAUAGUGCUGAGUUAUAUAAUCCAUCGACUGGAAAAUGGACACCAAUUGAUAAUAUGAAACAGGCACGAAGAUUACACCAUGCAUCUACAUUAAAAAACGGAAAAAUAUUAGUAACUGGUGGGAUUAUCAAUAAAAAUAUAUUAGAUGUUGCUGAAUUAUACGAUCCAUUGACAAAAUCAUGGACAAUUACUGGAACUAUGCAUUAUGCACGACUCGAGCACACAGCAUCCGUCUUAGCCAAUGGAAAGGUAUUAGUUGCUGGUGGACAGUCAAAUGAUCCUCAUAAUCAGAUAUUACGUAGUGCGGAGUUAACGACUCAUGCAGCAUCUGUUUUAGACAAUGGAAGUGUAUUAGUAUCUGGUGGAAUGGUAGGAGUAUCCAAAUAUGAUAAUAGUUCAGAAGUCUAUGAUCCAUUAACAGAGAAAUGGUAUAUAAGCGGUGAUAUGAACUGCGUGAGGCAUCGACAUCUAUUAUCUAUUUUAUCAAAUGGAACAGUAUUAGUUACUGGUGCAGCAGCAUUAAUUACUGGUAUAUCAGAUAAUAGAUAUAAAUGCCCUGCAGAACUAUAUUAA